GUCCCUUCCCUUCCUGCCUACCUUGACGCUCUCUUCUUCGCGCUCUCGUGUUGGCGCCAUGUCAGCCCCACUACGAGAUCCCUGUGCUGAGCCUGCGGCGUCCACAUCCUCAUCAGAUCUCGCUGCCUCCUCAUCAUCAUCAAAGCCUGUGGCAUCAGGCGGCCUCACGCUCGGCCUUCCCCGCAGCAAGGGCGGCGGCGGCGCCAAAGCCUCGUCUUCCUCCUCCACACCCACGGCUCUCGAGCUACGCAAACGCCACGAAGACGACUCGAUCCGAUCAACGGACAAUGAUGCCAUCGGCAGUCGUCUGAGCGCCAUUCAGGCGGGCUACCUAGAGAAGGAGCCAUUCUCGCAGCUACUCUACGCCGGGCCGCCUGCCUCUUCGUCGUCGUCCUCCCACUCGCCAACCCUGAAUCCCCCGCCAACGCUGCAUCGCCCGCCGAUCAUCAACAUCGGGACCUACUUGAGGUGCACGGCCAUUGAUCGGAUUGUAGCCUCCUUCCUGGCAUCGAGUGGAGGGAAGGCGCAGAUUGUCAGCUUGGGGGCAGGAAGCGAUUCGAGAUUCUGGCGAAUAGCAGCAGACCCGAAUCUCUCGCCGCGCCUGGCUCACUACCUCGAACUCGACUUCUCCAGCGUGACAGCCCGCAAGCUUGCCUCGAUCCAACGACAGCCUGCCCUCUCACAGCCUCUGGGCGAGCCUACGCUCGAGCGAUGCGGGCUCCUCUCACCUCGCUACGCGCUGCGAGGGUGCGAUCUGCGUCGACUGGCAGACGAGGGGGAAAUUCUCACCUCGCUGGACCCCUCUCGCCCGACGUUGAUACUCGCAGAAUGCGUCCUCUCAUACAUGCCGCCACAGGAAUCCGUCGAUGUACUGGCCGCCGUUGCGAGGAGGAUGGAAGAGACUACGCCCGUAGCUGCCGUGUGCUACGAAAUGUGCGUCGCGGGCGAGGGAGCAGACGAAGGGGCGACGAUGAUGGGCAAGUUCGGGCAGACGAUGCUGCGAAACCUCGAGACACGCGGUCUCUCCCUCUCCGGCGCUCGACAGUAUCGCACAACAAGCUCGCACGUCGAGCGACUCCAGGCUGGCCUCUCCCUCCCUGCCAUUACGCAAACGCCGCGCCGCGCCUCCUCCCUCUCCCUCGCACGCAUCUACUCGUCGUCCCUCUCCCCCACUCUGCGCAACAGGAUCAACCGCAUCGAAGGCUUGGACGAGGUGGAAGAGCUUCAGAUGCUCCUGGGUUGCUACGCCGUCUCGUGGGGUGUGAGGGGCGGAGACGAGACGCUGCCUGCCAGCCUGGAGCGAGCUCUGCGUUCAAUCGAAUGAGGCUCGAGACAUUCACCUGCUACUCUCCCGUGAUUGCGCGAUUGCAUUGCAUUGCACGCGCGAUCUACAGCGCC